CAAUGUUGAACUGUGUUCUUGCUGUCUAAAGUUUGUUACAUAUAUCAGUGCUUAGCUUUUCAUUUCCCUGUUGAAGAGUAUUCUACUUAUUAGACACAGGUAUAAGAUAAAAAGUCUGGGAACCGAAACACUAGACCAGAGAUAAGCCAUGUCACUCCACUUCCCAGACCCAACAAAAACAAUCCAUUCUCAACCAUGCAUUUCCAAUCCAUCUUUCUUCUCAAUUCCAUUCAAAAGACCAAUGCAUUCCAUUCCCACAAGAAGAUCAGCUCUCUUCCUUCCACUCCUCUUAGUACUCCCCUCGACGACGCCCUUAGAAAAGGCGAAUGCAUUCGAUUUCUCUCUGACAGUGCCUGACCAGACACUCGAAGAAGCCGAGGCUGGAAUCAAACCCCAUGCCCAGAGUUUGUUACAGGUGAAAGAAGACCUGGAGCUGGAAUCCUGGAAAGAAGCUCAAAGGGAACUGAGAAAAAGCUCUGCACUUCUUAAGCAAGAUUUGUACACAAUCAUCCAAUCAAAACCUCCAGUUCAAAGGCCUCAGCUCAGGAAUAUGUAUUCCAUUCUGUUCAAUAGUGUAACUGAGCUAGAUUAUGCUGCAAGGGACAAGGAUGUGACACGUGUCCGGGAAUGUUACGAUAACAUUGUUGUAGCACUCAAUAAAAUCUUUUCUGCAAUAUAUUGAAUUUUUAAUAAUUUUUUGUUUGUAUUUUAUUUUUUUUUUCUUCGUGUGAUGCCCCAUAUUAAGGCGUGCCAUAUUUUAUCCCCACACGUAGUACAGCUGAAAAUACUUGCAGAGACAAGAUUCGUUUAUGCCAAAUUGAAUUCAUAUUCAUCGCUUUAAUUUAUUAUAAAACUUUAAUUUUGAUUCUA